GACAAAGUCGUCUCCGGAACUGCAAGCGCGAGUAUCAAUUCGCUAUUAAGUAACCCCAGGCAGCUGUCCAGCGUGAAUCCUGGUGUGCAAAACUCUCAUUCGGCGACUCGGUUCUAAAGCAUCUAUAUUCUUCCGGCCAUGGCCCACAAUACCAGUGCCCCCCGCAUAACUGAUGCGACAAAAGUAUGGACAACUCUAAUUACAAACACUGCCUAUCUGCCGGGGCUACUGACCCUGGAGUACUCCCUCCGUAAAGUGGGCUCGAAAUAUCCGCUGAUUGCUCUCUACACGGACUCCUUCCCAGCGGAAGGUCAUGCUGCUCUUGAUGCCCGUGGAAUCUUGAAGCAGCGUGUCCCUUAUCUGCUGCCCUCAGUUCCCAAGGACUACGUCAAUGAUGUGCGGUUUUAUGACUGCUGGAGCAAACUCACGCCCUUCUCUCUUGUGGAGUAUGAGCGCGUUGUGCAGCUGGACAGUGAUAUGAUGAUUCUCCGCAACAUGGAUGAGUUGAUGGAGCUCGAGCUAGACCCUCCAGCCCUGGCUGGGACAGGGAAUCGUGUCUUUGCCGCCAGUCAUGCUUGUGUCUGUAACCCGCUGCAGAAGCCGCACUACCCUCCUGACUGGAUUCCAUCCAAUUGCGCAUACACAUCCCAGCAUGCCACCCCGGAUGUCGCGCAGACAGAGGGCGCAUCACCCACGGCCGGGCUGGGUAUCCCCAACGGCGGUCUCCAGGUGGUCAAUCCGUCCCACGAAGUCUAUGAUAAGAUUCUGGCGCAGCUGUCCUCAUCUGCGACCACCAACUAUGAAUUUGCCGAUCAAUCCCUGCUAUCAGAUGUGUUCUUUGGGCGAUGGGUGGCGCUGCCAUACAUUUACAAUGCGCUCAAAACCAUGCGGUGGGAGGGGAUUCAUGAUGCGAUCUGGCGAGACGAGAGCGUCAAGAAUAUGCACUACUUGCUCAACCCCAAACCGUGGGAUGAGAGCGAGGCUGUCCGGUCGGGUCGCGAACCUCGCUCAAGCCGGGAAGCGCCACACAGCUGGUGGUGGGACAUUACGGAGGAGAGAGUGAAGGAGGAAAAGGCCAGAGGGGUGGAUGACAACUUCUAACUCUUUUUUUUUCACAUCUUAUUUUUCAACUCAUGUUUAUGUUCCCCUUCUCGGACAAGUGAAUGCCGCAGCGCUAUCACAGUAUAUUAGACCUGUCACCAUACGAAACCAAUGC